CAGCCGACAGGGAGGUCCUGCCAUACACAGCCUGUACUGACUUAGCCAGCCAGGUUAUCCUCUGAAAAAGAAAAACCUAGUUGUUAUUUGUUUUUUAAUUUGAGAUAUAAUAAGCACAUAGUGAUUCUAGUUCAUCAGCAUCCCAUAAACAGAGGGAAUACGCUGAAUGGUGAAGAGAUAGCUAGUGAUUGAUUCAUUCAUCAAGGGCAAGAUUUAGCUUGUUGGCUACCUGGCUACUGUUUCUGUUUCUUUUUUGUUUUUUUAAAGCAGAAUUAAAUCUGGAUUUCCACGUUCAUUUGGGUGGAGCGGGUAGCUUUUGCUAACAUAACACCAGCCCUCACUAACGUUAGCUAGCUAAUCGCUGGUAGCAAGGGCUAAGAGCUAGCAAGAUUCUUGUGUACUGUCAAUCAGCGACUUUUUAAGUUGCUGAAAACGCAACGAAGACGGCCUCAACGUUCAGCUAAAGAGUCCCUGAAUCUGGAGGACAUGGAGUCCACAAAAGGUGGUGGUGUAAUUGCAUACAUCAGCUCCUCAAGCUCCGCCUCCAGCCCGGAAUCCUGUCACAGCGACUGCUCCAACAGCAGCUACCAGUCCUCCUCUCCCACCCACAAUUCCUCACCCAGCCGGGGGAGGGGCCUGCACAUAGACAACGCUCCCACACAGCCCCACCCACGGAGUCAUGGCAACACCAAGACAGGACGCUCUGCCUCCACGACCAAGUGUGGCAUCACAAAGAUCAGCGGCCUGGUGCUGCUGUGUAAGGUGUGUGGUGACGUGGCGUCAGGAUUCCACUACGGCGUUCAUGCCUGUGAGGGAUGCAAGGGCUUCUUCCGGAGGAGCAUCCAGCAGAACAUCCAGUAUAAGAAAUGCCUUAAGAGCGAGAACUGCCCCAUCAUGCGGGUCAACCGCAACCGCUGCCAGCAGUGCCGCUUCAAGAAGUGUCUGCUGGUGGGCAUGUCCCGCGACGCGGUUCGGUUCGGCCGCAUCCCGAAGCGUGAGAAACAGCGCAUGCUGCUGGAGAUGCAGAGUGCCAUGAACAACAUGAUGAACAACAGCCAACUGCACAGCCAGCUCCACGGCAACCAGACGCCGCCACUCACAGACCAGGCCCUGCCCCUGACAGACCAAACCCCGCCUCUCAUCCCUGAGUCCAACCCUGAGGACUCUCGCUCCUCCUGCUCACCCGCCUCCUCGCCCAGGGGCAGCCCGCCGGAGCCCCGCCCCGAUCCCGAGGUUGCCAUGGACACCUCCCGAAGCUCCGCCUCCUCCAGCGCAUCAGACAGUGGGGAGGAGGAGGUGGUGGGCACCGUGACGAGGGCGCACCAGGAGAACUUCAUGUACAACCAGGAGCAGGAGAGCCCUCUGCCUGAGACUCCGCCCUCGCCGGGCGUGGCCAGGCAGGUGGGGGACGGCCACGGCAGCGCAGAGGAAAAACAGGAAGCCUGGAACCAGCAGAACAACGUUGCCAGCAUGGCCAGCCCCCACCCCGGCCCCCCCGCUGCUAACCGGCCCUACAGGGACGACGCCCCGCUCGCCUACUGCCCCGCCCGGCUGCCCAACAGCGCCCCCAGUGGCCGCUGCCCGGCCUAUGCUCACACCCUGCCCCACAGAGCUCACAGCGACGGCAGGUUGGACAACGGCUCCUUCAGCGGGCCGGUGUGGAGCAGCGGCGGCAGGAUGCACCUGGUGUGUCCGAUGAACAUGAGCCCCCAUGUGGACCCGCGUAUGAGCGGGCAGGACGUGUGGGAGGAGUUCUCCAUGAGCUUCACGCCAGCCGUGCGGGAGGUGGUGGAGUUCGCCAAGAGGAUCCCGGGGUUCCGAGACCUCUCCCAGCACGACCAGGUCAGCCUGCUCAAGGCUGGGACGUUUGAGGUCCUGGUGGUGCGCUUUGCAUCCCUGUUCGAUGCCAAAGACCGCACGGUGACGUUCCUGAGCGGGAAGAAGUACAGCAUGGAGACGCUGCACUCCAUGGGAGCGGGAGACCUGCUUAACUCCAUGUUCGAGUUCAGCCAGAAGCUGUCCGCUCUGGGCCUGACCGAGGAGGAGAUGAGCCUGUUCACCGCCGUCGUGCUGGUCUCUGCCGAUCGCUCGGGGAUCGAGAACGUGAACUCGGUGGAGGCGCUGCAGGAGACUCUGAUCCGGGCCCUGCGGAGCCUGGUGAUGAAGAACCACCCCAACGAGGCGUCCAUCUUCACCAAGCUGCUGCUCAAGCUGCCAGACCUCCGCUCCCUCAACAACAUGCAUUCGGAGGAGCUGCUGGCCUUUAAAGUGCACCCCUGAACACCCCCUCCCCCCAGCCUGGACCACUCCCCUCCCCUCCUCUCCCCUCCUCAUAAACAUUCGAUCAAGUCCUCAAGUCCUGUAUAUUUUCUUCACUAGAGAAUGUUCAGACAUAUGUGUUCUUUUGGGUUGUGUUUAAGGAGGCAGGAAAUGCAUCAUUGUACUGUAAGACUUUUUCAUAGGCCUGUCAUUGGGGAAACCCCACCCACGCACAUACACACACACACACGUGUGAGCGCGCACAAACAAAGGAAGCUUGCUGUGCACGUGUGUGUGUGGGGGAGGGGGUUUAGAAGUGUGUGACCUUUGAGAAGCACCUUUUUAUAUUGUAGAGACGUGCAGUAGUGUCAUUGCAUUGUGGGUGCAAUAUGUGACCUGUUGUCUGUUUUUUUUUCUCUUGUGCUGAGUGUGUAUAGUUUCACAUAGAGCUGCUGUGCUUCUCUGCACAGUGCAUGAGGUCAGACCCCUUUACGCCCCUAAUGGGGUUAGGGCGGAGGUCUGUGUAUGACAUCAUCAUCUGUUCCACUGGGGAGGCCGAACCCCUCAGUGAAAAGAACAGGACUAGUUUUCAGUGAGGUCAUCGCUGCUAAGGCAUGACUGCCCUUCACUGCUGACCCUCCUGGACUCUCCACUCACCUGAAAAAAGACCCGGGAAUGUACACGUUGGGCGGACUUUCAAAUUUUCCCCUGACUAUGAACGAGUGUGAAUGAAACUAAAUGGGGAAAAAAAUCAGGCACUCUCCUAAUUUCAGUUUUAGCCAAUGGUGCAAUUGUGUAUCUGUAUUAAUGCUAUUAGUUGUCAAUGUUUUUUUUAUUUUUUAGGGGUUAUUUUUGGAGGUUUUAAAGGUAAUGGCAAAAUGUUUUGGGAAUUAAUAUCAGGGAGUUUGUAAAUCAAACUCAAGAACAAAUUGAGUGCCACCUGCUGGGUAUGUACUGCAACUGCAGGCAUGAGCACAUGACUGAGGGAUGCUGUUACCAUGGCAGUGUGUGAUUCGCUGGUGCACGUUUAAUGUGUGACCGCUCACACACACACACCUGCAUGUAACAGUCCUCAGUCAGGCAUUUAGUGACUGUUGGGGGGGGGGGUGUUAUCUGAAAGUCAGAGGUGUGUUGGUCUGUGCAACCACGUCACCAUAGUCACGGGAAAUCCAUCACCUGUUACCGCUGGUUUCUGGUCCUGAGACUCUAAAGUCAAAUGUCCUUGUAGAGUUACCUUCAUUUGUGAUCAGCUGCAAAUUGUCAAAAUGUAUGUGUAUGUGUGUGUGUGUGUGUGUGAGAGAGCUGGAUAUAUACAUUACAUAGCCUUUGUCUUGCACACCCACACACACACACACACACACGAGUCACACAAACAGACUGAGAAACAGAAACGUUGCCUGGAUGUUUGGAAAACGUUCCCAGGUGUGGGCUGUGUGAAGGUGUGAGAUCACUGGCCUUCACACAGCCGGCCUGAGGAUCCCUGCUGCUUACGCCACCUCUGCUACUUUGUGGUCUGUCUGUUUACUCCUGUGAAAGCAUU